AUGGAUCCUUUCAGCGACAGCGGCGAACUGUAUCACCUUAGACAGCAAUUCUAUGCUGCCAAGUACAAUGAUCUGGCAAAUACCAACUUGGAGGAACUGAUUUUCUCCAAUGAGGAGAAUAAAUAUAGAGCAUACCAGCUUCAAAUUAGAUCGCUAUUGGCAUUAGGAAAAUAUGACAGUGCAAUAUCCGAGAUAGCUAAGAUUUCAGUCGACGAACCACUAGCAUCCGAGUUCGAAGCCUUGCAAGCUUACACUGAAUUUUUGAAGAAUGGAAAGAAUAAAUCAGAAGACUUGGAAAGCCUCGUCUCUUCCCAUAGCGACAACGAAACGAUUAACCUGCUUGGCGGACUUUAUUACGUGACCUUAGAAGACUUCGAUUCCGCAAUUUCUUUAUUAUCUUCUUCGCAAGGGUUUGAGAAUAUAUCAUUGCUUGUUUAUGUUCAUCUGUUGUUGAACAAGACCAAAGAAGCAGCAAAGAUCCUAUCUAACUUCAGCCAAAUUUCCCAGGACAGCGUUGUAUUUACGCUCUCUCAGUCGUGGUACGACCUGAUCAACUUCGACGAGUCGUUGAAGUCUGCUUAUUAUUUCUACGAUGAGCUUUCCUCCAACGAGAACACCGCUAGCACCAAAAAUCUGAUUUGCUUGUUCAUCUCCAACAUGAAACUCUUACAUUUUCCAGAGGCACAGGAUGUUUUGAACAAGAUUGCUGAGCUGGGGGACGAAGGGGUCAAGGAAUGGAAGACAGACCUGCUGAUCAAUAGAAUUGCAUUCGAGAUUCUUCAAGGUAACGAGUACACGGAAUUGCUUGCCGAGUUAAAGAAGACAAACCCUACUUGCGGUUAUCUGGAGGAUUUGAAGGAGAAAAACCAGGUAUUCGACUCAAUUGUCGAAAAAUAUGCUGUUUAAUAUAAAUGUAAUCAAAAUGCAUUGAUCAUUAUCUAUUUAAGAGGCAUGGCUUUCUCUUUCCAGCUCCUCAUCUGGAAUUUCCUCAAGAGUGAUCUUUCUUGGUUUCCUAAACUUUUCAGAAUCCUUCAGUUUUGGAACUUUGAUCUCCAGCAUACCUAAAUGAAAUUUAGCACUGAUGGCUUCUUCUUUCACGUCAGGAACUGAAGGGAGCUUGAUCACUCGUUCAAACGAGCCAAACCGCUGCUCAGAAACUUUCAGUAUCUUGGAAUUAUCCACCGUGGAGUCGUCAGACAAAUACUUGUUUUUCACCUCACCUUUUAUGACCAGCUCCGAAGACGUAGGGUGGAAUUCAAUAUCGACAAACUCUUUGGACACACCUGGUAAAGCCAAGGCAAUAAUGUAAUUAUCAGGGAAGUCAUAAACAUUGACAGCGGGGGAAAAUGGUAGAUUCGUCUUCAACUGCGGUGCAGAGAUUUGAAGGGGGUCGAUCUUUGGUUCGUUAUGUUUAGCGUGCAUAUUGAGCGUAGUCGAGUUCCUUCUUUUUAGUUUUGGUUCCUUUGGAGAAGCUUGUGAAACUUGUUGCUGUUGUUCUGCGGCCGGUAGUGUGGUUAUUUUGCCUGUGGCAGCAGCGGCAGCAUCUUUGUUGGUAACUUCAUCCCUACCCAUUUGCGAGUUCUGUUUGACAACAGGAGGGAUAUCUCUCCUACUAGGUCUGGCAAGUUUUCUUGUGAAAUAAGGGCCAAUCAAGUCUUCUAGCCUAUACUGAACGCUCUCAUCGUCAUUGGAACUUUCAUCUUCAGCCGCAUCCGGGUCCUCUUCAUAUUCCUCGUAUGGGUAAUACACCGGCACCUGCGGAUAUCCUCUUCUGAACCCGGAUCCAAAUACAUAUUGAGGCUCUCUGUAGUACGUUGACCUAGUGGGUUGUGGCCUGUAGCCCUGCUCGCUGAGAAUAUCCCGUAGAUAUUGUUGAAUAAUCUGG